CGGGGUAUUAAGUGCGUGACGCGUUUCCGUCGAAAGAGUAAUCGCUUGUUCGGUUUCUGUAGAGAAGGUGAACAUGGUCAAUCUCGGAGACGAAUUUCCUAACUUUUCAGCUCAUACGACGAUCGGAAUCAUCGAUUUUCAUAAAUGGAUCGAAGAUUCUUGGGCUAUUCUAUUUUCUCAUCCUGCUGAUUUUACUCCUGUAUGUACAACAGAACUUGGACGGGUAGCAAAAUUAGUUCCUGAAUUUAAUAAACGUGGUGUGAAAUUAAUAGCUCUUUCCUGUGAUAAUGUUGAUAGCCACAAGGGAUGGAUUAAAGACAUAUGUUCUUUUUCUGAACUUAAUAGUGAAGAAUUUCCAUAUCCUAUUAUAUCAGAUGAAGGACGAGAUUUGGCAGUUCAACUAGGCAUGAUUGAUCCUAAAGAAAAGGAUGAGAAGGGUUUACCACUAACAUGUCGUGCUGUUUUUAUAAUUGGACCAGACAAGAAAUUGAAAUUAUCAAUUUUAUAUCCUGCAACUACUGGUAGAAAUUUUGAUGAAAUUUUAAGAGUUGUUGAUUCAUUACAAUUGACUGCAAACAAGCAGGUUGCUACUCCAGUUGAUUGGAAGCAAGGAGAAGAUUGUAUGAUUUUGCCAACUGUUAAGGAUGAUGAUGUCCCAAAACUAUUUCCAAAAGGAGUGAAAGUUCAAGCAGUUCCUUCUGGUAGAGGAUAUCUUCGCUUUACUCCUCAACCAUGAGUGCCUUAAUGUAAUACAAGCUGCAAGUUAGUAAUGCUGUAGAUUGAUAUACAAAUAUCUCAUCUUUAUAUAUUUGUUUUGAUAAUUAAAUUGAAAUAAGUUUUGAAUAUUCUGGAAUUGAAAAAAUAAAAAUUUUUAAAUUUCCA